AUGUUAGUUCUAUUAAUUGCUUUUAUAUUUGUGCGCAGAGGCGAAUCGGGGGAUGGAGUCCAGCUAAAUAAAUGCCUUGAUCCUAAUAUUGCCGGCGUAGCUCGUCCAUUGCCACUUCCAUCAGCUUGCAAGGACAAAGAUCCAACUAUUUGCAGUGCCAUUUUUGCCGUUCGAUCGGGCGCUUUAGCAGAUAAUGCAGUUGCAACAAAUAAUUUUUUGGUGAAUCCCAACUGCCAAAACGCGACUGUUCUUACAGCUGCUGAAGCUUUGUGUCCCUCUUCAUGCGCAGUUUGUUGUUUAACACCUGAAUUUAGUUGCCAAAAUUCCGCUGCUAAUUGCAAUGCAUUUAUGUUGUCACCAGAUUUAUGUACAAAUCCAAACACUGCAGCAGCAGCAUUAGCAGGAUGUCCUCGAGCCUGUGGUCUGUGCAAUAGGCCUGGCGCCAAUGGCCAAUGCCCAGAUACUGGUGUCGUGAAUUGUGGACAGCUGUUGGCCACUGGCUUAAAUUGUAGUAAUGCAUUCAUGACGCAGAAUUGCAUGGGAACUUGCAGAAUAACAACUUGUUUAUCGACGACAGCGGCUGCAUCUGCUUGUUCGGACAGCCGAGCCGACUGUGCAAGACUGGCAUCGUAUUGCAAUAUUCCACCGUAUUCAACAGUAAUGGUUGACCAGUGCAAAAGAACGUGCAACUUAUGUAGAUAA